UUAGCGGUUCCACAAGUAUUAGAGCGUAUGGAGUGUCCGAUCAGUUCAUACAGGAGUCCAAUAGACGGGUCGAUGCAAACCAUAUGUGUUAUUAUCCAAGCGUUACAGCGAGACGAUGGCUUACAAUCAGACUGGAAUUAUUAAGCAAUUGUAUUGUAUUCUUGUCGGUAAUAUUUGCUGUGUUUAAUCGAUACAAACUAAGUCCAGGUAUUGCGGGUCUGGCUAUUAGUUAUUCACUUAAUAUAACAAGUGUUUUGAUAUGGUUUGUCAAAUCGGCGUCAGAUCUCGAGAUUAAUAUAGUUUCUGUUGAGAGAUGUCUUGAAUACACAAAAACUCCAAUUGAAUCUGAAUCGUAUAAUGAAGUGAUUAAACCAUCGCUUGAUUGGCCGGAAAGGGGAGAAAUAAAGUUCAUUGAAUACAGCACUAGAUAUAGAGAAGGAUUGGAUUUAGUGCUCAAAACGAUUACAUUAGAAGUUCGGCCCAAAGAGAAGGUGGGAAUAGUCGGCAGAACGGGUGCCGGAAAGUCAUCGCUAACUCUGGCGCUGUUCCGACUCAUAGAACCGAUUACAUUAGAAGUUCGGCCCAAAGAGAAGGUGGGAAUAGUCGGCAGAACGGGUGCCGGAAAGUCAUCGCUAACUCUGGCGCUGUUCCGACUCAUAGAACCGGUCGACGGAUCCAUAUUUAUAGACUCAGUGGACAUCAGAAAACUGGGUUUAUAUGACUUGAGAUCUCGGAUAACAAUUAUACCUCAAGACCCGGCGCUCUUCACCGGAACAUUACCUCUGUUGAGGAGAACCAAGAUUUUGGUGUUGGACGAGGCGACCGCUGCGGUCGAUAUGGAAACGGAUGACUUAAUCCAAGAGACGAUUAGAAAAGAGUUUUGUUUGUCAACUAUUGUUACGAUCGCUCAUCGAUUGAAUACAAUCAUAGAUUACGACAAAGUGUUGGUAAUGGAUAAGGGAAUGGUAGCCGAUGAAUACAAUAUUCUCUUUGAGUGUCUUAUUCUGAAUCCAUGCCUCUUGUGGUACAUAAGCGACACUUCCCUUAACACAAGCGCUUCCCUCAAGAAUUUCCAAUUCACCCAAAAGUGCCGA